AUGGAGUUGCUGUGCAUUGAGAGGGAGUUUGAGCCAACUGCCUCUCUGGACGGUGCCAUCCUCGACGAUGACCGUCUGCUGCACAACCUUAUUCUCACUGAGGAGCGCUACCUCAUUACUGGUUCUUACUUUAAGUGCCUGCAGACGGACCUGAAGCCAAGUAUGCGCGAGGUGGUCGCCAACUGGAUGCUCGAGGUGUGCGAAGAAGAGCGCUGUCAGCGUGAGGUGUACCCACUUGCAAUGAACCUACUUGAUCGCUUUCUGGCGGUGGUGCGAAUCAGCAAAACACAACUGCAACUCCUUGGCUCCGUCUGCCUCUUUAUAGCGUCCAAAAUGCGCCAGUCGAGGCCACUGUCGCCGAAAGCGCUCGUACAGUACACCGACUGGUCGAUUACACUCGAAGAAUUAACCGGUUGGGAGAUGCUCGUUCUGAGCAGGUUGAAAUGGGACGUGGCAUCAGUGCCUCCAAAUGAUUUUGUCGGACCACUGCUUCGUCGUCUGGCAAAGAAGUUUAAGCUAAUUGGCGAGCACUAUGUUCGCAUCAAGAAGCACACCCUCAACAUGAUCGACCUCUGCUCUGCUG